GUCACUGUGUGUCACCCACGUUGCACUUGGUUUGCUGUAGAAAAGCAAGUAUCGUAACUGAUUAAUUGAAUGCUAGAAAGAUUUAGCAUGAAGUAAAAGAUAAGCUUGUCGCUUUAAUCACACGAAGACGAAUUUAUUUAAAAAAUCAUGUUGGCAGAUGCAGAUGCAACGACGCUCUGUCUCGAGGGUCCAGGAGUUACGAUAUUACCUGGAGAAACCAGGAGUGCUGUAAGUCUUAUAGUCACGUGAUGUCUUUGCGAGCAUCUCAUUGGAUGGUUUUUUGGAUUUUGGUGCUUUAAUUUUAAGUGGAAAAAGUUUUCAAACCAUAACUUAAUUUUAUUUAUUCUAUCACCAUCACUGAGAGGAGUAUUUGAAUAAUGCCAAGAAUUCAACUAUAAUUACUGGAAGAUGGACACCAAUGCUUGCCCUUGCAGGCGCAACAUGCUGCUUGGGUUCUGCAGUACCAGCAGGAUAUAACAUUGGAGUGAUGAACAAUCCUGCUCAAAUAAUGCUAGCAUUUUGCAAUGCAAGUAUUCAACGGCGUUAUGGUGAAGAAAUCUCUUAUGAUAGUUUACAUAUUGUAUGGGCUGCAAUUGUAUCGAUAUUUCUAAUUGGUGGAGUUAGUGGAUCCUUAACAGCAAGCUCGGUAGCUGAUAAAUUGGGACGACGAGGAGCACUAGGAAUUGGAAAUGUAUGUGGCAUUAUUGGUGCUGUCCUAUUUCUGGCAUCGAAACCUUUCGAUUCUAUAGAACUUUUAAUGCUUGGUAGACUUGUAGUAGGUCUCUCUGGAGGACUAGCUACUAGUUUACUACCAAUGUAUAUGACCGAAGUAGCACCAUUAAAUCUUCGAGGAGCAGUUGGUGUACUUUGCCAACUGGGAAUAACUUGUGGUGUAUUACUCGCACAAAUAGCUGGACUCGAUAGUGUAUUAGGAACUGAAAAUUACUGGCAUGUAAUGCUUGCUUCUUUUGCACCUCUGUGUAUAUUGGCAGUCUUAGUUACUUUUAUCUUGCCAGAAAGUCCCAAAUUUUUAUUUGUUGUCAAAGGAUACGAACAACGAGCUCUAAAAGAAUUAACUAGAUUGCGAGGAGUAAAUUUGAAUCAUUUGCUGAAUGAAGUGACCCUCCUUCGGCAAGAAUCUACUGCAAGUUCUUCAACAGACAAUUGGACGAUAAGCAGAGUUAUACGAGAACCUUCAUUACGUCUUUCACUUAUACUCGUUUGUGCACUGCAAUGUGGACAACAAUUGAGUGGCAUUAAUGCAGUAUUUUUUUACUCUAGUUCCAUCUUUAUGGAAGCAGGUUUAAACUUAAAAGAAUCUCAAUAUGCUACUCUUGGGACAGGAAUAAUCAAUAUAGGCAUGGCUUUAAUAUCUGUACCAUUCAUGACUCUGUUUGGCAGAAGGACCUUAUUGUUGAAUAGUUGCUAUACCAGUAUGGCCUGCCUUAUUGUACUAUGUAUUUCCAUUAUAAAUAUCAAUUCAUCUCCAAUCAUGCCAUGGAUUUGUAUUGUUGCGAUAUUAGCCUACGUACUUUUCUAUGGUCUAGGGCUAGGGCCUAUUCCAUAUUUCAUUGGUUCAGAACUCUUUGAUGUGGGCCCAAGGCCUGUAGCUAUGGCUCUAGGAAGUGUGUCUAAUUGGGGAGGCAAUUUUUUGGUAGCUAUGACAUUCCCAUCUUUACAACGUGCUGUGGGGCCAUACAGCUUUCUUGCGUAUACCGCGUGCAUAUUACUUCUAGCUCUGUUCAGCAGACGCUAUCUGCCAGAGACACGUGGCAGAAAUACUAUAGAUAUUGCAGCUACCAUGACAAGAGGUUUCAAAUCUCAACCAAACGAUCCCAAUCACAUAUAAGAUGUUCACUAAUGAUUUUCUAUCAUUGACGAAGCCUACAAAAUGUUACUAAGAGAAACAGAGUUUGAGCAAUAUUUGCUUUUGAGAAAAUAAUUUCUACUUGGAGAUCGUCAUCUGUACUUAAUAAGUAAAAAUAUAUUAUGAUAAGAAUCAAGAUCACCUACAGAAUCAUCAUGAUUAAAAGUACGUAAUAUAUGUACUUCAAACUGUGCAAUAUUUUGUGUACAAAUUUUUUAAAAUAAAAUAUGAAAAUAAUUCAAGAAGUUA